AAGAAAGGCGCGUUUUCCCUUCUCUCCGGAAACAGCCGAGCGUUCUCGGAGCCGCUCGGGCGCUUCCGACGCAUGGAGGCCUCGGGAGGCUGCGCUUUUUGCCAGGCCGACCGGGCGCCUUACACCUGCCCGCGCUGCCACGUCCGCUUCUGCUCCGUGCCUUGCUACCGGGAGCACGGCUCCUGCGCCCGGGACUUCCAGACGCGAGAGUUGGAACUUCGGCUCCGGGGCCAGCGGGGGGAUGAGGCUGCGCGUGGCCGCCUGAGGGAGGCCCUUCUCCGGCUGCAGGAACUACGCGAGCCCGGGGAUGCGGAGCCCGAGCUAGGCCUCGACCUGUGGGAGCAGCUGAGCUCUCAGCAGCGCCAGAGGUUCCAACAGCUGCUGAGCAGCGGGAAGAUCUCGGGGCUCCUGCCCCCCUGGAAGCCCUGGUGGGUCGUGGGCAGAAGCCAGGGGCCGCCCUUGGUCCAGGUGCUUGGAGAUAAGGAUGCUCAGGGCUCUCAGCCACAGCAGGAAGGAGCCGAGCAAGACCUUCAUCCCGCUUCAUCCCGGCUUCCAAACGCCGGGGACCGGAACCAGCCUCCUGCCCAGGAUUCGAACUCGCUACCCGCCCUGCCCGAGGUCAUCCGUCCGUUGAGCGACCUCACCGGCGGCCCCGUCUCCCCCCUGGUGCGCUUCCAGCUGCCUAACGUCCUCUACGGCUACGCCUACGCUGUCUCGCUUUACAACGGAGAAGCGGACGACGCCCAGCUGCUGCCCGAAGUCUGCGAGACCCUCUUGGACCUUUCGGCUGUGUUGGGCGGGUCCCGGAGGGUCUUCUCCUGCACGGCGGAGGCCCUGCAAGCCGCCCUGCAAGCCGUCGUGGACGGCCGGUACCCGGAAUGCCCGCUGGGAAAAGCCGGGGCGAUGCAGGCGGUGGGACAGAUUUUAAGGGGGCCCGGCCCGGAGAAGAAGAGCCGGUUCGCCCUGGCGGCUUUCGCCCACCUGACCAGACUGUUGGGUCGAGGCAAACGCCGGGUGGCCCCCGGGGACCAGCCCAAGAUCUACAAGGCUAAGAAAAAAUGCGAAUUCCUGCUUUCUUGGGUGAAGGAGAACGAGGAGCAGCUCCCCUCCCUGGCUUUGGAAGUCCAGGAGGAAUACGUAGCCCAUGUGGUGGAUGCUAAAGAAGUGGGCGCCAUCACCCAGGAGCUGGAGAAGAUGUGGGGAGGGAAAGUGCCCCCUCCUAAACAGCCUCUGAUAGAAGAAUUGGACUAAAAUCUCCCCCCCCCAACUCCAUUCAAAGGAUUGGAGGGAAACCCGGGGGGGGGGACAGGAGAGGGCUUGGGGGAGAAAGGUUGGGGUUUGCAUUGCAGAAUCGGUUUUGUUUUUCUCCUAUGGCCAGAAAUGGACGUGGAUUGGUGGCAACGGUGGGAAAGCUGUAAUAAAAAAAAAAAAAAAAAGCAA